ACUCACUCACUCACUCACUCACUCACACACACACACACACACACACACACAGUUGGCUGUGGCCCGCACUACAACCUGUCUGCCAUUAGGCAGGGGCAUCGAGGGCACCGUGGAGAGCCAGCCAAAGAGGAGGGGGGCGGCUCCUGCACCUUCCCCUCACCACGAAACAUCAGCACUUGACACAGGGAGGCUCCACACCACGCCUUCAAUCCCAGUCACAGCAGCCUGAGGAGGGGAGGGUGGUUAUCUUAGGCACUUAGCACACCCAUGCGCUUGGCUGAAUCAUGGAGCUGCACUGUCUUCCUACUGAGACCCCCACCACAGCCAGCUCCUGCUCCACGGACCCCGUGUAUGACAACUGCCCACCUUUUGCCCAGCGAGGGAGGGCCAGGCAAAAGCAAAUGGAGAGUGGGGUUGUGUGCCCGACCGUAACCAGACUCCCGGGGCCCUGCAGCCCUCUGCCCGGGCCGGCCCCAGCUGUGGCUGUGGUUCCCACACUGGUUGUUGGGGGUAGAGUGCCUGGCGCCUGGCCAGAUGACAGCUACUGCAGCUGGGGAGGGGGCCUGGGGAGACGGGGCUGGGAAGCAGAGCUGGGUCAAUGCGUAAACAGAGGAAGAGGAGGAGAGAAGGGAGGUAGCGUGGAGGACAGAGCUCAUCUCAACCAGAGCCCCAAUCCAUCACAGAGUGAGCAGCACAGGAGUGCUCUGUCUCUGUAUGAUAACCUCCCCGACGCUGCCACACCUGACAGCCGCCGGGAAGGCUUUGCGCUAGAAACAAGUUUCCAGGAGCACGUGCAGGAACAGAUGUAUCCGGCAUGGGCCCCUGAGCACAUCCAGGGACUGAUGGAGAGUGAGGGGAUGAGUGAAGAGAAGAGCCCCUGGUCCUCCUGUGAGAUCAUCCUCGCUGAAAGUUGUUCCAUUAACCAGGACCAGAAUCCAGACCAAGAGAAAAAGCAUGAACAGGAGCCAGAGCUGGACUCGGGAUCCUGUGGAUUCAAGCAGGGCGACCGGAUGCAUCUCCAGCUCCCAACUUCACCUCACGUCCUCACAGAAAGUUCCCCUCAGCUGUGUCCGAAUGGGUGCCAGGCCCUGUGGCCCCCCGCCGAGGCCCUGCACCCAGAGCAGCCAUCCUGGUCUCCCAGGGUGCCCCCUCCCAUACCCCUGGCUGACCCCUCUGCCAGCGCCCUUCGCAGCCUCCUCACCAGCCUCCAACAGCAGAUAGUGCGACAGAGGGAGGAGUACGAGGAAAGAAUAAUCAGCAUAGAGCAGAGAAACGAGGAGCUUCAGGUAGAGGUCGUGCGGCUGAAAACAAACCUCGCACAGCAGCGGCACUGGUUCCAAGUGAUCCAGACUAAGAUUGUGGAGUCGGAGAGCGCCCGGGCCGCCGCAGAACUACGCAACGCUACACUGCAGAGGGAGAUGGAGCAGUUCUUCGACACCUUCGGAGAGCUCAACAACGAGGCCAAGAAGACGGAAUGUAUUGUUAAGAGCUUUUGAAGAAGAGUGUGUGUGUGGUGUGAUGACAUGAAUGGUGUGUACAUAGUGCAGGGGGAAAAAAAGGCACCAGACCUUGUACACUCGCUUGACUCGUACUAGGCCAAACAUUUUGGAUUGAAGUGAUGCAAAGGCAUUUUUUCACUGAAGGAAAAUGAAUCACUGAUGUCCACUUUAUUAGUUGUGUAAGGGCCAAUUGAUAACAUCAUGGUCAUUGCAAUCACACAGGACAUCUCUGAAAAUAAAAGGAGAAACAAACUGAA